UCCCUAAUUCCGCUAAUCACCAAUCUCUACCAUUUGCGGCCCGUCCUCUCCAACAAGCUUUAGGUCGUCUGAAGCACAAACGCCGUGGAGUGUACGUCGUCUUCUUCCUGUCAUUGCCGCCGCUUUCGCUGCCUUCGCUGCUAACUCUUUUGUUUGUUUCCACCAGCCGGUGUGGGGAGAGGAGGAGGUGUUUUGAGUUGUGAGAUGCUAGACUGAGAAAGCUCAGAUUUGAGGGUCAGUGAUUGUUUCGAGGAAGAAAGAAAUACUGUUUCCCUUCACGCUAUUAAAGGUUGGGUGCAUUGAGAGUUAUGAGAUUUUAUGACUUAUGCUACUCUGGUCUCUGGAGUUUGAUAUCUAGAAGGAUUCUUCCUCACUUUCAUGGUUAAGAUGCCCACAUCAUUAUUUCCAAAGCAAAAGGGUUUGCAGACGUCUUCAGAACUUUUGGGGCGUAGCAGGAAUGUUAUUUUUGGCAGGACUUGGUUGUUCUUGUCGCAACCAUUCUCGACUAUUGGCCUUUUCCCUCAGUUUGGUGCCAAUGCUGUGAAAAAUGUGCAUACAAUUGAUCAGAGAGCAAUGUUUUCUGUUAUUGGAACAAUAUCUCGCAAGUUUUUUACUCCUUCAGUGACCGACUUUCUUUGUCAAUCCUGUGCAAAGCAAAUUGACAUCCUGCUCUCCGAGACCACAAAAAAAUCUUUAUUCACUGCAUUCCAGCGAAAUGCAAUGUCUGCUUGUAGUUAUGUAACAGGCAGAACGGAAUCAGUUUCCCAUAAUCUUGGCCUCGGAGAAAAGACUAAUGGGCAUGCACAUGGUAUGAUUCGAAGUGGUAUUUGCAAUUUUCACAACGGUCUUGAUCAUUACAGAAUUAUCAAUGGCAGCCUACAUAAUGAAGUAGCAGGCGGUAGGAAAUUGAGUUACUGGUGUGCAUCGUCUGAUGCUACUGAAUUUUAUUCAAAAUUUGUGCCAUGCUUUUCAUUAUGGAAAAAGGACUUUCGGCUGGCUUGUACUGCUCAAUAUUCUACAGGAGCUGCUCGGAAUGUUUCUUUUGAUGGCGUGCUACAGGACGAGCAGCUUGACAGCUCUGUAGUUGAGCAAAACAGUAUAAUCCUUCCUAAAUCAGCAGCUCGAAUAUGGAAAGAGUUCUGGCGUGAGUCAUGCGUCCCACGGAUUGAGCACUGUAGCCGUUGGAUUGUUUUGCUCUUUGAAAGGCUGGAUUUUGACAAUAAUCCUUCACGAAUCAGCAACCCAAAUAUGGAAGGUGAUCGACGUGAUCCAUGCGAGCCUUUCACGGAUACCCAUCCUGGCCGUACGAUUGAGAUGUUAACACUCCCCCUCAAGCUGGAGAAUACAAAUCUUUUAUUUCCAUAUAUUGCAGCGGCAAAUGAUAGUGAUGAAGGUUAUAUGAAUCAAGCCUGGAAUGUGCAGGGCAUCAAUGAAGUCACCCAAAUAUGGAAGGAGAUCGACAUGAUCCAUGUGAGCCUUCCACGAAUUCCUAUCCUGGCCUGGGAUAAAGUGUCAAUGGACGGCUGGGAUUUAACAGAGAUUGGCGUGCCCACGGAUUCUCAUCCUGACCAUGGGAUCAAGUGUCAAGGGAUGGUUGGGAGUCGUGUUCAACUUCAUGGAACUGUUUUCCACAGGAAGUCACUCGGGGAUAGAUCCUUGAAGCUGCUUUCUGGUUCAUGCUAUUUUCCACACCCAGAUAAGGAAGCAACCGGAGGAGAAGAUGCACAUUUCUUAUGUGAUGAUGAGCAAGUAAUUGGAGUUGCAGAUGGUGUUGGUGGCUGGGCAGAUCUUGGUGUUGAUGCUGGACAAUAUGCUAAAGAACUUAUGUCAAAUGCUGUAUCUGCAAUACAAGAUGAACCAAAGGGGCUGAUCAAUCCUUUGAGGGUGUUAGAGAAAGCCUACUCUCGUACUAAAGCUAAGGGAUCAUCAACAGCUUGCAUUAUUGCUCUCACCAAUCAAGGGAUUCAUGCUGUCAAUCUUGGGGAUAGUGGAUUUAUAGUUGUCAGAGAGGGUUGCACUAUCUUUCGUUCUCCGGUUCAACAACAUGAUUUCAAUUUUACUUACCAACUUGAGAGUGAAAAUGGCAGUGAUCUUCCUAGUUCGGCUCAGGUGUUUACCUUCCCUGUUGAAUCCGGCGAUGUCAUCGUUGCCGGAACAGAUGGAUUAUUCGACAAUCUGUACAAUACUGACAUAAAUGCCAUUGUUGUUCAUGCUGUGAGAGCCAGGCUUGGACCGCAGGUGACCGCUCAGAAAAUAGCUGCACUUGCUCGCCAGCGAGCUCAAGACAAGAACAGGCAAACGCCAUUUUCGACGGCCGCUCAGGAUGCCGGAUAUCGCUACUAUGGAGGCAAACUGGAUGAUAUUACAGUCGUCGUCUCGUAUGUCACUUUCAACACUGCUUGAGGCUAUUUCUUUAUUUUCCUUUUUUUUUUCUUUAAAUUUUGUACAGCUUUUGUAGAUAGAGUUAGAGGAGAUCAGAGCAUCAAAAGAUAUAGAACUUACAAACAUAAUUUGAAAAAAAGAGAAUUUCCCUUUUAUCUAUAUUUUA